ACAUGUGCACUGUUUAUAUAAAGGAAGAAGAUACUAAGAUGGAAAAUGUUAUCAUUAAAGAAGAAACGUCUACUGUAGAAGACAUGUGCACUGUUUAUAUAAAGGAAGAAGAUACUAAGAUGGAAAAUAUUACCAUUAAAGAAGAAACCUCUACUGUAGAAGACAUGUGCACUGUUUAUAGAAAAGAAGAAGAUACGAAGAUGGAAAAUACAGAAACGAAAGAUGAAAUUGAGGAUCCACUUCACCUAAGGAAUAAGAAGAGGAAACAUGAUGGAGUAAGAUAUACCUGUUCUCAGUGCGAAUACAGAGCAGCAAAUCGAGGAAACCUUAAGAUACACAUACAGAGUAUACAUGAGGGAGUUGGGUAUCCUUGUAAUAAGUGUGAAUACUCUGCCAAACGAGCAUCUCGUCUUAAGAAGCACAUGCAGAGUAUACAUGAGGGAGUUAGGUAUCCUUGUAAUAAGUGUGAAUACUCUGCCAAACGAGCAUCUCAUCUUAAGAGGCACAUACAGAGUAUCCAUGAGGAAGUAAAAUAUUCUUGUAUUCAGUGUGAAUACUCUGUCAAACGAGCAUCUGAUCUUAAGAAGCACAUACAGAGUAUUCAUGAGGGAGUUAGGUAUCCUUGUUAUCAGUGUGAAUACUCUACCAAACGAGCAUCUGAUCUUAAGAAGCACAUACAGAGUAUACAUAAGGGAGUUAGGUAUCCUUGUAAUCAGUGUGAAUACUCUGCAGCACAGCCAGGGAACCUUAAAACACACAUACAGAGUAUACAUGCGAGAGUAAGAAUUCCUUGUGCUAAGGAAUAUCAUUGUGAUCUAUGUGAAUACGCUGCAACAACAGUAGGAGAUCUCACUGUACACAUUAAUUAACAUUUCAAAUAAAACUGAAAUUUGAAUUAGUGAUCUUAGAAAGCUUCUGAAGAGUAAGCAAGGAGUUAGGAAUCAAUGUAAUCUACGCAAAUAUACCGUACAAGAUCAUACACUCUUAAUAUACACAUAUGACUUAUACUUAUGACAUAUAAAACCCUGAUUUGAAGAAUUAACAUUAUAUUUAAACUUGAAGAUUAUCUCCAUGUGAAGAUUAAUUGUUUACUGACCCUCCCUUUUUAUAAUGUCAUAACAAGAAAUACUUAUUAUGGUAAUCCUUUUCUUGUAAGAUUAAAGUUCUGGUAUACGGAAUAUAAAUUAUAUUUUAGAUAUUGUUUUUAAAUUUUGUUUAAUAAAAAAAGAAUUAAUUGAUUUUAUGAUCAUUAAUUUCAGAUUUGAUAUCCACGAAUUAUUUGAAAAAUUUGAAUUUGUGAAAACAAUAUUUAUUUUAAUUUUUGAUUACCCUAGAUUGUAAGGUUCGUCAUAUUAUUAACCUUUUUUUAAUCAGAUUAUAAUUCUUCUUAAAAUUGAAAAAACUGAUAUCUUUUAAUUGUAUUUC